AUGGUGGAGAAAGGCUAUACAGAACCUACAUCUAAAGCUGAUGAAGACGUAUUAAAUGCAGCUAAAAAGGCAGCACUCAAGGAAGCAAGGAAGAAAGAUCAGAGGGCCCUGUAUCGAGAAGACAAUGAGAAUUUGCCUAUAGAUGUUGAAAAGGAAUUUGAAACAUUGGAGAUGCUUGAUAGUGAGUCAAUCUUGGAGUAUUUUACUCGAGUCCUCACUAGAGUGAAUAAUAUCAAGCGCAAUGGAGAAAAGAUCCAAGAUUUACAGAGAUCCAUGAACAACGGAUCAAUAAAAAAACUUCAUCAAAAUCUCUUGAUCAAGCAUUGCAAUCAAAGCUUUCUCUUUAAGAAAAUAAAGGAAAUGAAGGAAAUUCACGACCAAGUCGAGGAAGGAGCCAAUUUCAAAGAGGACGAGGUUUUAAUAAUAGAGGAAGAGGAGGAAGAUUUAACAUCAAUGGUGGACAUGAAAUUCAACAACAAUUUUAUCAGAGAGGAAGAGGACAAUAUAGAGGUCGAGGUAGAGGACAAAAAAGAUGCAGAAAUGGUCUUAAUCAUCAAAUUGGUGACAAAAGGAAUGUCUAGUUAUAAUUGUCAUAAGUAUAGACAUUAUAGCAACAAAUGUCAUGCAAAAAUUGCCGAAGUUGAAGUGCGAAAAUACCAACUUUGGUGA